AUGGUAAUGGAGGCGUCUCCGUCACCGCAGAGCGUCGGUCGCGAGUUCGUGCGACAAUACUACACGCUAUUAAAUAAGGCGCCCGCCCAUCUGCACAGAUUUUACAACAAUUACUCGUCGUUCGUCCACGGAGGGUUGGAUGCACCCAACCGUGAGACGCUGCCGGUGGUUGGGCAGAAACAGAUUCACAACCGCAUCCAACAGCUCAACUUCCGGGACUGCCAUGCCAAGAUCAGUCAGGUGGACGCGCAGGCCACUCUGGGAAAUGGAGUGGUGGUGCAAGUAACGGGCGAGCUGUCCAACGGUGGCGCCCCCAUGCGCCGUUUCACCCAGACCUUCGUCCUGGCCGCGCAAUCACCCAAAAAAUACUACGUCCAUAACGAUAUCUUCCGUUAUCAGGAUAUCGUUUUCUCGGACGAAGAGGGUUCCGGCUCAGGUCGAUCUGAGGGGGAGGAAGAGGAGUCCCCGGGCACGGGCACUGGCGGCGCGUACUUCCCGCCGCCGCCGGCCGCCGCCGCCUUCCCGGGCGCCUUCCCCGCGCCUCCCGCGCCCCCGGCCCCGCCGCAUCUCAACGGCCAUCCGCUAGCCUUGCACCAUCACCGCGAUCUCGUGCAGGCAUUGCACGGGACCAGCAUUGCUAGCGAGGCGGAACCGGAGCCACCGUCCUCGCCCCCGGUGGCCAGCAGCGCAGCCGCCGCGCCGGCCGCGACCGCUGCGCCCCCGCCGGCGCCCGCGCCCGCGCCCGGCCCGGCCGCGUCUCCGGCGGCAGCCGCGCCCCCGGUGGCGCCCCCCGCGGUCCCGAGCUCGCCCCCCGCGCCGGCCGCGCCGGAGCCGGCCCCGGAGGCCGAGCCUGAGCGCGAGCCCACCCCGCCACCUCACCCACCAGCGGCCCCGGAGCCCAAGACGUACGCUAACCUCGUGAAGUGCGGCGCGGGCGCGCGCGCGUCCCCGCCCGGCGCGCCGGCCGCCGCGCCCCCGGCCGCGCCCCCCGCCGCGCCGCGCGCGCCCCGCGCCGCCGCCGAGGCGCGCGAGGUGCGCGAGGCGCGCGAGGCGCGGCGCUACUCGGACGCGCAGCAGCUGUUCCUGGGCAACUUGCCGCACUGCGCCACGGAGGACGAGCUGCGCGCGCUCUUCGCGCGCUUCGGGCCCGUCGCAGAGCUGCGCGUGCACUCCAAGCCCGCCGCGCCCGGCGCGCCCAAGCACCCCAACUACGGGUUCAUCACCUACGAGACCUCGCAGGCCGCCCACGACUGCCUCAACGCUGCGCCGCUGUACUUCCCGAGCGAGGGCGCGGAGGGCGGCGUGAAGCUGAACGUGGAGGAGAAGAAGACGCGCGCCCGCGAGCCGGCGCGGCGCCGGCCCCUGUCGUCGCACCGCGCGGCGUUCGCCCCGCGCCAGCCCUACCGCCGCUAG